AUGGAGUCCGGGAUCGAGGCCGGGGUGCUGCCGACAGUCACGGGAUCCCUCGCCUCGGCUCGAGACUCACUCGGUUCGCUAUCACGGGCUGCGGAACCACUUUACGAUACAGACCAUACAGAUCUCGGUUCGGAGUUGGACGAAGCGGAAAUCAGAAGGGAGUUGAUGCACGAUAAAUGGCGUCUGCUCUUCGAUAGGUUUGAUCCGGAGGGCUUCGGUGAGAUUCCGUGGCCAGACUUCCUACAGACUCUUCAACAUCCUGAUUUCAUAGCGCAGGUGCCACCCCAUAAGCGUGAGAUACUUUUAGACAAAGCUCGAAGUGCUACAACUCCUGCAAUCACUUUUCAAGAAUUCGUAAAUCUGGCGUUUAAAAAUAUUCAAUAA